CAAUGCUCGAAUUCGGUUGUCAAGCUCGUUGUACCUGCAUAGUAGAAGACAAGUCUUCGCCAUGCAGAUCUUCGUCAAGACCCUCACGGGUAAGACCAUCACCCUUGAAGUCGAGUCUUCCGACACUAUCGACAAUGUCAAGUCCAAGAUCCAGGACAAGGAAGGAAUUCCUCCCGACCAACAGCGAUUGAUUUUCGCUGGAAAGCAGUUGGAAGACGGACGAACUCUUUCCGACUACAACAUCCAGAAGGAGUCCACACUCCACCUUGUCCUUCGUCUCCGAGGAGGUAUCAUUGAGCCCUCCCUCAAGGCUCUUGCCUCCAAAUACAACUGCGAGAAGCAAAUCUGCCGAAAGUGCUACGCUCGUCUUCCUCCUCGAGCCACCAACUGCCGAAAGAGGAAAUGCGGUCACUCUUCCCAGCUCCGACCCAAGAAGAAGCUGAAGUAGUGGUGUAGAGUCUAUUGUUCACAUACGGGGACGUGGACUUGUAUUUGGUAGUUUGGUAUGCAACCAGUCUACGCGUGAUAGGGUGUUUAAAAGGUUGAUUGAUCACGUCGGUUUAUGAGGAAGCUCCGCU